AUGCGCCAUCGUCUCCAACUCCACAAUCCCCAGAACACGCUUCGAGCAUCGCCAGCCCCCCCUGUCGCCCACAUUCAGACUCAGGGUUACACUGACAACGGUCGUCUUGUUGCACCGCUGCCAGGGCUUGACGAAAACUCGCAGCUGCAGCUGCCGCCAGCGACAAGCCGACCCGCGACUGCCACGGGGUCAGUACCGGCAGCGGCGCAAAGUCUUGGUACUGGUACCUCACCGUCAUUGACUGCUGCACCUUCGGCAGACGAGACAGGGUUGCUGAACCGCCUUAUGCGACGACGAUUGGUUUCCAAGGACAAGGACGCCCAAAAUAAGAAGACGUCGAUUUCCGCAGGUAGUGAUAACACAAAUUUGUCUUCGGGAUUCGACCAGCAGAGGGCCACGGAGCAACGCGAGACGCAGACACGGCCUCUGCUCAUGAACCCGCUCAUGUUGAACCCGUCGCACCCAACACCUGCCGAAAGUGAGACUGUCUUGGAUACGCGAAGAGGCUCUUUGAAGUCCUCAGUGCCCCGAUUCCUACGUCCAGUCACACUAUCACAGCAAGCACCUGCGAAUGCGACCCAGACUGCCGGCGCGGCCAACUCACAGAAGCCCAAGUCGCCUCCCCGACAGCAGUCAAACAUGCAAACCUCGAGUUCUGAUGCGGCGGCGCAGCUCAAGUCGCGAUCCAAAUCGAGUUUUGGGAAGAGAUUCUGGUCGAGAUCCGGCGCCAACGAUUUUGGAGAGGACAACGUGACCAGCACCGAGACACCAGCAACAGCAUCGGCGCCGCGAACGGCCUAUGUUCCUAAACACGCCGCGGCUGACUUUUCGCGUACGACUUACACAAACACGUCGCGCCACAAUCGCCAUAGCUUUUCCUUUGGUAGCGACCCGGACAACGGCGCUCAAGCACUGGCCUCAAUAACGGCCGCCUCCUCCAGGGUGAACGAGACGGAGCAGCCUCUCCACAGGCAACGGACGCCAUCCGCAGAGACUGCCGAGAAGCGUAGGUCACGGGACAUGUCGCUUUCCAAGUAUGAGGCGCCGCCUCCCCACGAACUGCACCGGCGUCUCGAGAUUGUCAAGAGCAGCGAAAUUGAAGUGGUAACCACUAGGGAACCGGUCGCGGCCGACCCCUGGCAGCAGCAGCACAACGUAUUGCAAAAUGCUUCAAAUACGUCGUCGGCGAACGGCAAGGCUCCUGCAAGACCUCACUCUCGUCCAUUAUCAUCCAAACGACACAGCUUCAAUCUUGUAUCCGACCCUUACGCUAGAGACCUCACGCCGCCAAAGUCAAUUUCUCCAGUCGAGAUGGAAGCGCCAUUUGACCCGCCAAGCCAGCCAGAGCAGCAACAGGCGCCGCCAUCAGCACCGCCACGGCCCACCUCAUCUCACACGCGUCCGCAAUCUCGACAAGAGACUGCAUCUCAAGAGACUGGUAGCCGCGAGCUGACGGAUUAUGAACGUUUCGUAGCAGAGGCAGAGAUUGCCGAACGCGAAUAUCACGCCCAAAUGUGGCGAAACCUCGCACGACGUUCCGGACACUACGGGUACAGCGACAACCCUUGGAGCACAACUCGACAAGCCGAUGCUCCCGCUCCUGCUGCGCAACGCAACAACAAGAGAAGCAGCGCGCAGUACUCGGCGGGGGCUGGCAAACGUGCAAGCAUGAUGUCGUUUGCUGCGGCAGACGAGGAGCGCAACUUGAUCUCGUCAAGCUUUUACGGGGAGGCGCCACGCAAGCCGAGUCUCUCGCACAGCGCUAGUGUUGGGGCAGACGGGAAAAGGGGACUUCGACACCAAGGGAGCGUAUCGAAGAGAAUCUCGGACUACAUUAAGCCACCAAAGCCAUCCCAGCAAGCCACGUACGAGGAUUGGCCUUCUGGGCGAGCCAACCGACGGAGUGUCAUUGCUGGGAUUUCUGAGUAG